UUACGCUCCACCUUGGAGUAGUAUAAGAGGCAGCUCUCUGUGGUGGAUUCCGUUCUUACUAGGAAUCGAGGAAAAGCUAGCUCUCUCUCUUUCUCUCUCUCUGUUAGCGCUCUGUGAAGAGGAAGACGGAAACACCACGAUCUUGUUAUUGUUCUUCUUCUUCUUUAUAAAAGAGGAAUCUUUGCAAACUUACGAGUUUGAUGUGAGAAUGGUUCGUUGGCGGGCGGAUAAUGCUUACUUGAGAGUGUUUCGGCCGAUAUUUACCUUUUUGGUGCUUUCUUUGUCGCUACCAAUUACAAACGGCGUAACCAAUUCUCAAGACGUCUAUGCCAUCAAUAGUCUCUAUGCGGCGAUGGGCUCACCUGCAAUCCCUGGAUGGGUUGCUUCUGGUGGAGAUCCUUGUGGUGAGGGGUGGCAGGGCGUGCAAUGUGCUGGUCCCAACAUGACAGCAAUAAUUCUUAAUGCUGCGAAUUUGGGUGGGCAGCUCGGUGAUGCAUUAGGGAAUUUUACAACUUUAAUAACAAUGGACCUGAGCAACAAUCACAUCGGAGGGAUCAUCCCAGAGAAUCUGCCUCCUCAUUUGCAGCGCCUCUUUCUUUCUGCAAAUCAGUUUAUUGGAAGCAUUCCUGGUGGUAUAGGAGAGCUUAGUCUUCUGACAGACAUGUCACUCAACAACAAUCUCCUAACGGGGCCGAUAUCUGAUGUCUUUCAGACCCUUGUUGGUCUGAUAAACUUGGAUCUAUCGUCCAAUAAUUUGAGUGGUCAGCUACCAGCUUCAUUUGGAAAUUUGUCAGCUUUGACUACAUUGCACUUGCAAAAUAAUCAGUUGACUGGAACACUUAAUGUCUUAGAAGAUCUAAAACUGCAAGACUUGAACAUAGAGAACAAUCUAUUUUCUGGUCCUGUGCCCCCACAGAUGCUGACCAACAUCCCAAAUUUCAGAAAGGAUGGAAACCCAUUCAAUGUGACCCCUGUGGCGUCACCACCUGGUUCACUACCAUCUCAACCACCACCAUCUCAAGUUAGUCCAGGGUUGCCUGAAGGGCAAUUGAAAAAUGCAUCAGCAACUGUUAACCCGAACAAAUCUAGUUCCAGAGGGUUUUUCACCACUCCUAGGAUUAUUGGCCUAGUUGUUGCUCUAUUUAUGGCCAUCGGCAUAGUAAUCUUGAUUAUUUUUAUGUGUACAUCUUGGUCAAGAGGCAGACACACAGCAGCAAAUAGAGUUGAAAGAAAUGAAAUGGUUGCUUAUGGUGAAUCUGAAAAGAAUCAUCAGAAAAAUGAAAAUUUGAUGCAACCAAGCAGUGAUGUUGUGAAAGUUUCAAAUCAAGCUGUUGAAACAAGAACAAUGAACCACAAAAUUAAUAUGGCUGGAAUAGAUGGAAACUUGGCACCUCCUACUGCUCAUGUUACAUCUCAUGAUAAUGAAGCAGUACUACUUGCAGUGGUUCCUGAAUCAGAAAAACAAAAUCAUCUUGCCCCUGUUAUUCCUCCCACCACUAAUGUUGGCUCCCAACAGUUGAGCAAGUCAAAACCCAGGAAACCACUUUGUCCAGUCUCAGAUGUGGUAUCUUACACGAUUUCUGAUCUUCAACAAUUCACAAACAGUUUUGGGCAGGAUAAUUUUAUUGGUGAAGGAUCUUUGGGAAGUGUUUAUUUGGCAGAGCUCCCUGAUGGAAAGAUGUUAGCUGUUAAGAAGUUGGACACCGUGAAUCCCUCCUUGCAUACAAAGGAAGCAUUUCUAAAGCUGGUUUCAAGCAUCUCUAAAUUGCAUCAUGAAAAUAUCACAAAGCUCAUUGGAUACUCUGCUGAGCAUGACCAACGAAUUCUAAUUUACGAAUAUUGUGGCAAUGGAACCCUACAUGAUGCCUUACAUUCAACAGACAGGGACAAUAAAGUACUGUCCUGGAAAUCUCGUGUAAAGCUGGCUCGAGGUGCCGCACAAGCUCUAGAGUACCUUCAUGAAGUUUGCCAACCACCAGUCGUGCAUCGCAAUUUCAAAUCUAGUAAUAUUCUUCUUGACGAUGAGUUUUCUGCAAAACUUUCAGACUGUGGGUUGGGUUCGCUAUAUUCUUCUUCUUGUGCUAGCCAGGUUUCAGCACAUGUGGUAGGAUCUUUUAGUUAUGGAGCACCAGAGUACACCAUGUCUGGGAUCUAUAACAUUCAUAGUGAUGUUUACAGUUUUGGGGUGGUCAUGUUGGAACUCCUUACUGGUCGAAAGCCCUUGGACAGGACACGUCCUCGAGCUGAGCACUCUCUUGUAAGGUGGGCAACUCCUCAGCUUCAUGACAUUGAUGCACUAUCAAGAAUGGUUGACCCUGCUCUGGAAGGAGCAUACUCAGUCAAGUCACUAUCACGGUUUGCAGACAUUAUCUCAUUAUGUCUUCAGCCAGAGCCAGAGUUCAGGCCACCGAUGUCCGAGAUCGUUCAGUCACUUUUACACGCAUGACACAGACGGAGCCUUCUCCAAAGUGAUGCCUCUGAAACUGUUCCUGAUUCAAGGUCCAGGCUAGAUGUAAAUGAAACUUCAGUAUCUGUUGCUGUCUAAAUUACUCCAGACGUCACUGAACAGCUGACAUGCUCAUUUCGUGCAUCACUCUCUUUCUGUCACCUAUGCACCAUCAAUUGUACAGCCUCAUUCAUCCGCCAAUGUAGGGGCGAUUUGUGCCUAUUUUUUGAGCUGAUUGAUGUCAUAAUCCAGAAUUUGAUAAUUAUUGUUGUAAUUUUUUCGGUAGUGGCUUUGUAUAUGGGCUAUUGAUGAAUGGUUUUCCUAGUUAAUUUUCAGGUGGCUUGUUUUGAUCAAA